UGCUGUCCAGGGUGCUGAAUCCUGACACACGUCUUUCAGUGCAGAGAAACCAGAGGAAGCGACAGAUGUGACCGCUGUGGUGUGUAUGAAGACUCGAAAGUUUAGUGCACGUUUGUCUUCUUUCUGCUCGGUAACAUGGACCUGCUUCCAGCCCAGGAGGCAGCUAAAAUCUACCACACCAACUAUGUGAGAAACUCCCGAGCCAUCGGAGUCAUGUGGGCUGUGUUCACCAUCUGCUUCUCCAUCAUCACCGUGGUGGUUUUCAUCCAGCCCUACUGGAUCGGGGACAGCGUGGACACCCCGCAGGCCGGCUACUUCGGCCUCUUCUACUACUGCAUCGGCAACGCGCUGACCUCGGAGCUCAUCUGUAAGGGCAGCCCGCUGGACUUCGGCUCCAUCCCUUCACCGGCCUUCAGGACUUCCAUGUUCUUCGUUGGGACCUCCGUGCUCCUGAUCGUAGCCACCAUGGUCUGUUUCAGCUUGUUCUAUUUCUGCAACGCCGGGAACGUCUACAGGAUUUGUGCAUGGAUGCAGCUGGCCUCAGCUGUGUUAAUGGUGAUGGGCUGCAUGAUCUACCCAGACGGCUGGGACUCCGCGGAGGUGAAGAGGAUGUGUGGCCAGAAGACAGAUAAGUACACCCUGGGGAACUGCACGAUACGCUGGGCCUACAUCCUGGCCAUCAUCAGCAUUCUGGAUGCCCUCCUACUGGCAUUUCUGUCCUUCACCCUUGGCAGCCGGCAGGACAAUCUGCUGCCCGAUGACUUCCAGGUGGAGGGAGCAGAAAACCCCUGAUGAACAUGCAGAAUGACAUGAUACUGAUGUACUUUGACUUCAUUCAGGCAUCUUGACACCUUAUGGUUCCCUAAGUUGUAAUUAAACAGAUUUGUAGUCCUUUACUGCUUCCAAAACCACAGUAUCCGACUGCACAUUUGUAAUUUUGCACUUCAUGUCAAAAUGUAAUAAACUCAGAGAAACCAGCUUGGCACAGUCACCUUGUAUUGUAUGAACAUCUGUUUUAUUGUAUGGUGUUGCAGUUGUGUAAAUCAACAGCUCACACAAAGUCUAUGUUCUUGAUGAGACAUAAAUGUAAAUUCUGUUUUCACCUAGGCUUCAACAGAUAUAUAGGUUAAAUGUGAUUUCAU